AUGUGUGUGUUUGUACAGUUGCGCAACGCGUUUUUGGAAGUCGAAGGUCGUCUUGAAGGGUUUAGUGCUUGUUGGUGCCUUUUCCUUUCCUUAGUAUUUGGCACUACCAAAAUUUCUGGAGGUGCUGUGUUGUUCAUGUAUUGA